AUGAUUUCGAAGGACCAAGCCAAGAAGAAGAAGAUAUCGAAGAAACAAUUGCUCAAGAUUACCAGGGAAAUUUACGUCCUGGAGUUCCUAGACGUAACCCAUUUACGGUUCGGAAUAAUUCUUUUCGACCCAGCUGUUUAUGUUAUGACGGCUGGAAUAUCACUUGUCGACCCAGCCAUAAACUAUUUGACGGCUGGAAUAUCACUUGUAGACCCAGCCGUUUCUAUUGUACCGUACAUUCCGGUAGAAGACCAAGAGGUGUUUAUGGAAGACCAAGAGGUGGUUAUUGAAGACCAAAACGAGGUUAUGCAAGAUCAACCCCAACCUGUGCAAGUUUCUGAGGACACAAGUGCUCACUAUGCAAACAACUAUGAGUGGAAAGAUAAGGAAGAUGCAAAGAAGUGGGCUCGAUCACAAGGGCUGAAAAAGAUGUGCAUCAUAGUCCAGAAUAAACAAGUUACAUUCAACGACUUUCAAAUGCUUUGCGAGUGUAGUCUAAAGUAUGAGAGCCACUGGAAAAAGGGUAGUGAGUAUAAACCAAAAACCGCGAGGAAGAAGGGAGUAUAUAAUACGAAGAAGACCGGGUGCCCUUUUAAGCUUAAAUUUAAAUUUAAUGACGACAAGAAAAUGUGGUAUAUGGAAAAAGUCAUCUCGGGUUAUCAUAAUCAUCCUAUUCCGGAGAGUUUGAUCAACCAUCCUUAUUCGGCAAGGCUCAAUCCUUUGGAAAAGGAAUUAGUAUGCGUGUUGAGUAAAAGACGCACAAGACCUAUUGAUAUUCUUAGUGGAGUGAAGGUGUUAAACCCCCAAAACUCAUCCUCAUUGUCAACUAUCUAUAACGAAAGAGAAAAAUUUAGAAAAGAGUCAUGGGAAGAGAGAGUGCUUAUGCAACAAUUAUUGUUUUUGUUUGAGGAGGAAAAGUACUCUACCGCCUAUGAAAGGAAUGAAGUAAAUGAAGUGGAAUAUCUUUUCGUCGCGAAUCCAGAAUGUGUACAAUUGGCAAGAUGCUUUCAUCAAAUUCUCUUUAUGGAUUGCACGUAUAAAACUAACAAGUACAAGAUGCUGAUAUUGAACUUUGUUGGGCAAACAUCUACCAAGUCGACAUUUACCGUCGAGACGAAGGAAAGUUAUUUGUGGGGAUUGCAAAAGGUGAAGUUAUUGUAUCAAGAAGGUUAUACUCCACAAUUGUUGAUUACGGAUAAGGAGGAAGAAUUUAUGUGGGCCAUACCACAUGUUUUCCCCUACGCGCGUCAUCAUCUUUGCAUGUUUCAUCUAUGGAACAAUGUGCAAACUAAUUGCAAGAGGGUUAUAUGGCUAGCAAAGAAGACCGAGAUGGAGAGGAUUAAAAAUCUACCGUUGGAGAUACAACAAGAAGAGAAAUAA